GAAGUGAUACUUUCCGUUGCACCCCGGCUCACUUUAGCACCCUUCACCCUAUUCUUCAACAACUUCAUCGUCUUCCUCAUUUCCCUUCAUUGUUCCCUUCGCCUCUCAUCCGCCAGGCUCACUUUAGCUCAUUUCUCUUAUUACAGUUGCAGAAAGAAACCCUCACAGCAGAAUGAGUUGUGGAAUUAAGGCAUUUACGAUUAGUAACCCUAACCCUAGUGAGCUAUGCACAAAGAGAGCUCCGAUGGAGGCGGUCUGUUCUUCUCCUUCCUUGUCUCGGUUCCGGCCUCUUCUCCAACCUCGUAGCUCCGGUGUACUCACACUCGCGGUUUCUGUUUCUGGUUAUCCGAGAGGACUUGGCAAUGGUUUACUGCACUCCCGUUCAAAUUCCCGGAACCGGUCGAUUUUCUCGUUUGCGGCGUCUCAUGAGGACUCGAAGCCUUCAGAUAUUGAAAUACAGGAGGACGCAAAUCGUCUUAAAGAGGGCUCUGAAGAAUCUGAAGAAGCCUGGAAGAAAACUUUAGCUUCUUUCAAAGAACAAGCAUUGAAAAUGCUGAAUGUUUCCCAAGAAGCUUACGAAGUGUAUUUAGAGAAAGCUACAGUAGUAUUGAAGGAAACCUCAGAGCAAUUGAAGAUCCAAGCUGACAAAGCGAGUGAGGAUUUGAGUGUGAUUGCCAAGGAACUUAGUGAAGAAGGUAAAGUCUAUUUGUCUGCAGCUGCAGAGAAAUCCCCUGAACCAGUGAAGGAUAUUGUGGAAACGUUUGCUUCUUCAACUGAUGAUUUGAAAGAUGUAUCGGAAGUGCUUGACUUUUAUGUUGGUAUCCCAUAUGGCGCACUGCUUACUUCAGGUGGUUUUCUUUCCUUCAUGAUUACUGGAAGCAUUGCUGCUAUCAGAUUUGGUGUUAUUCUUGGUGGAACUUUGUUGGCCUUGGGUAUCUAUAGUCUAAGAUCAUGGAAAAAAGGGGAAUCUUCGUCUAUUGCUCUGAAAGGCCAGGCAGCCAUUGCUACAAUAUUGUUUUUGAGGGAUCUACGCCUAGUGUUCACGAGGCCAGCAUUCACCAGAUAUUUUGCAGUUAUAAUCAGUGGUGCGGCGUUGGCAUUUUAUGCCUAUAGAAUCACGUACUCUCGUGGACAGUCAACAGGAGGAUCUAGCUUGGAGAGUGGAACAGAAAAUUAACUCUAUGUUGCAAGGUUUGAAGUUUAAAUCAUGGGAGUAGUCAUGUCGUUGUGAGAUAGCUUGAAUUCAUUCAACAAUGCAGAAUUUCGUGUUUGCUGCUUCAGAUUAGGACCUGCCCUGGUACUUGCAUGUUAAGAAGUAUGAUGUUAUUAAUGUUAAAGGUUUAAGAAAAAUAAUAUGCCAACACACGCCACCGUUGACACUCAGAUACUGAUCGUUUCUAUGAGCUAGACUUGUAAUGGUUUCUAUAUUAGUGUUAUCGAGAAAUGCUUAAGGUCGUAAUAGGUGCUUAUAUCCCUUCUUCCGGUUGUAAUUUGCUACAAACAAUCGAGUCCGAGUUAACUAUGUCCGGUCUUUGGUUUCUUUAUUUGAGUGAAAGGCAUGAAAUCGGCUUACGAGUGAUCAAACAUUUUUGAGACACUGUAUUUGAUGUUUUGUUAUUGAACAACCUACAAUUUGGUGGCAAAAAA